AUGCUGGGCACAAAACAGUUUCAACACAUGACUGAGACCCCAGCAAGUGAGAGAUAAGAGUUGUCUGGGCAGCAGGCAGCCCUGCCAAUCACAGAGAAGUCAAAACCACUGACCAAGGACCUGGACAAAGAUGCUGAGCAAACCGUUCGAUUGCUAGGGCAAUGUGAUACUGAGAUCUUCUAGGAGGUGGGGCAAACCAUGCCCACACACCAGUGACUCUAUAGCACAUCAGAUCUGACCACUGUGGUACAAGGGGCUAGGAGAGUUGACUGUCAGCACCGCACAGCUCAGCAUGGCUUUGCUCCUAGGUCUGCGGUGGCCUCUAGGGAGGGGACAGAAGAUAGUGCCAUUCAGGGGAUGGAGGAACUGAAGAAGGACUCCUGCAUGGAUAACCCAGCCUUCUUCUUGCCAGGCCUGGUUGAUUUCAAGCCAGUAAGCAUGGCCAGAAAUGACCUCAUUGAAGACUGGAGUACAACAUUUUGACCAGAGCAAAUGCAGAAACUACAAGAGAAACAGGGCUUUGUGCUCAAUCCUGCAAUUGGUCCCGAGGGCCUCAGUGGCUCUUCCUGGAAGAGAGGUGGAAGUGCCACCAAGAUCCUGCUGGAAUCCCUGAUGCCGGCAGCCCAUAAGGCUGUGAACCAGGGCAUUGCAGCAUCUCGGAGAUACCUUCUGGGAGUCCUGUGGACAUCUGAGAGGGCUCAUCAGGAGAUCUGUCAUCAAAGCCCCAAGAUCACUGCCUUGAUAAAGCAACCUGCAGAAAAAGGCUGGGUGGACCUGGUUGGCUGGCAAACUGGCACCAUGGCCAUCAUGGUGGAGUAGAGUAGCACCUUUGGUGCUGAUUUCCGAGAUGUCUGUGACUUUCUCAUUGGUGAUCACAGUGACAUGUUUAACCAGAAGGCCGAGCUCCACAACCAAGACCCCCAGUUCACCUUCUCCUAGGAGGCCUUCCUGACUUCCAUCCUGCCAUCCCUGAUGGAAAUGGACACUAUGGUCUUCAAUUUCACCCUGGAUGACAACCUGAUGGAGGUGCAGAUGCUGGUGGAGCAGGUGAAAGGGAAGACUGCCGACAUCCGGGCCAUGGCCCACAGCACUGUGGGGAAGGAUCCUAUAGAAGCUUUUUCUAAAGAGCUCUUUCCCUCCAUCAUCAGCAUCAUAUGGCCACUGCUUUUCUUCAAGUACGAAGGGAACUUCAUCGAAGGGAGUGAGAAGGUACUGCGUUCCAGCACGGAACCCAGUACACGGGCCCACGUGGCUCUUGGGAAGAUCAUUCAAAACCACUUGCUGGACGUCCGUUGCAGCUCCAAGCUCUUCUGGAGGACACUGGCCUUGCUGCAGUGGUUCUCUGGACAGCCCCACGCUUGACGCACCAAGAGCCUCCUCCAGGUGAUCCACUUCCCACAGCUACGGUCGGAUGAUAUUCGGGCUGCUCCCGUCUUCUCCCACAUCCAUGUUGCACAGGAGAAGGAACAGGUAUCCUGCCGACUCCUAGUCAUUCAGCAAACGCAUACCGAGUGCUCUCAGUGUGUUGGGAACUCUGCUUGGCACUGGAUUUACAAAGCUUAG